AUGAGCUCCAAGCACACCUCCGAUUGGAUUCCCUACAGCACUUUAGAUGACGAGGGCACCAACCUCCGACAGCAGAAGCUUGAUCGACAGCGAGUGCUCCUUGAGCAAAAGCAGAAGAAGAAGCGUCAAGAACCUCUAAUGGUCCAAUCCAACGUGGAUGGCCGAUCUCGGACCCGUCGCACCAAACAGAGUGAGGAGCAGGCUCCGUUGGUGGAAUCCUACCUCAGCAGUAACAGCAGCACCAUCUACCAUUUGCAAGAAGCCAAGCAAGAGGAGAUGAAGACGAAGGCAGACCCACAACCGCCUCGCUCAGCGAAAAAGGGCAGAGCGUCAGCAAGCUCAACUCCUCAGACAGGCAGCGACAAGAAGGAAAGGAAGGGGAAGCACAAAGCAGGGAUGGACAGCUUGGCCUGCCAGUCAGACGAUGGUCAGAUCCAAAUCUUAACUGUGGGUCACCCCUCGUCAGAGGACGGUGAGGGUGAACCAGUCAUGAGUUGCACUCCGUCACAGAGCAAGCAGGACCUACGGGUGACCAUGUUAAAAAAAGGCAUAUCUAGCAGUAUGAAUUUUGAUGAAGAAGAAGAUGAUGACGAUGAAAUCAGUUCCACUUCCUCUCAGCUCAACAACAACACAAGACCAGGCUCUGCCACCAGCAAGAAGUCAUGCAAGGAUGUCGCUUCAGCGCCAACCCCACCGGUCACUGAGCCUGCCAUUGAUGUCGAAGACCUUGAAGAGUUUUCGUUGCGACCUGCGCCUCAGGGGGUCAGGGUGAAGUGCAGAAUCACCAGGGAUAAGAAAGGCAUGGACAGAGGCAUGUAUCCCACCUACUACCUUCACUUAGAGAGAGAAGAUGGCAAGAAGGUGUUCCUGUUAGCAGGCAGGAAACGAAAAAAGAGUAAAACUUCAAAUUACCUUAUCUCCAUUGAUCCCACUGAUUUAUCCCGAGGUGGAGAAAGCUUCAUUGGUAAAUUGAGGUCAAACCUCAUGGGAACUAAGUUUACUGUAUAUGACAGUGGUCUGAACCCUAUGAAGACCACCACCAGCCUUGAAGACAAUAAUAUGCGCCAAGAACUUGCAGCCAUUUGCUAUGAAACCAAUGUAUUAGGAUUCAAGGGACCUCGUAAAAUGAGCGUCAUCAUCCCCGGAAUGAACAUGGACCACGAAAGAGUGUCAAUUCGCCCACGAAAUGACCAUGAGUCAUUAUUGGCAAGGUGGCAGAACAAGAACACGGAGAGUGUAAUUGAACUUCAUAACAAAACUCCAGUAUGGAAUGACGAUACACAAUCAUAUGUGCUCAACUUCCACGGCCGAGUCACCCAGGCCUCUGUCAAGAAUUUCCAAAUCAUUCAUGACAAUGACCCUGACUACAUUGUGAUGCAGUUCGGCCGUGUGGCUGAGGACGUGUUCACCAUGGACUAUAACUACCCAAUGUGUGCCCUUCAAGCCUUUGCCAUCGCCCUCUCCAGCUUUGACAGCAAGUUAGCCUGCGAAUAG